GAUCUGAACAGUGGUUCAUACUUUUGAGAGAGGAGAGGGAAAAAGAGAGAACUCUUUAAUCCCUGAACUAGGCCAGAGAGAGAGAGAGAGAAGAAGAGCUCCACUUCCUUUCAUGGCCCUGAACCACCCCUCUCCCCAAACCCCAGACAAACCGAAAGAAGAUCAGGUAGUCCUGCAAAUGGAAUCAGGGAACACAGACCCCAAAACCACAGAUUCAAACCGUCUCAAAGAGGAGGCCCCGAAGGAAGAAAAGCACUCAAUGCCUGCCUUAGAGGUCCAAAGCUCAAAACCCAACAUCCCCAAACCCAUUAUGGCCAACCCCACCAGUAACCCAUAUGCAAAACCCCCCAUAAACCCAAAUUCCACUAGAAAUCCAAAUGAAAACCAACGUUUAAAAUCUUUAUUGAAUAGCAAAACCUUAACCAGUGUGGCAUUGUCAAGACCCAAGUCUAGGCUCACAGACUACAGCCCUCAAGCGCCCACAAAGGCCAUGGAGAACUCCGGCUUCGAUCCCGGAUCAUCUCGACGAUCAGAGGUCGGCGGCGACGAGGAGGAAGACACAUUCAAGGAUGAGGAUCUACCAGGGAAGUAUAAGGAAAAGAAGUGUAAGCCAGGAUGGAGAGUUUUAGUAGAGUGGGUCUCUUUUGUUACCAUCAUGACUUGUUUGAUCACAAGCCUAACUAUUAAGCCCUUGAAGAGAGAGUCCCUUUGGGGAUUGAAGAUAUGGAAAUGGUGUGUGAUGAUGAUGGUGAUCUUUUGUGGUAGGCUCUUCUCAGGCUGGUUGAUCAGUCUUCUUGUGUUCUCGAUUGAAAGAAAUUUCAUGCUUAGAAUUAGGCUCUUGUACUUUGUCUAUGGCCUUAGGAAGAGUGUCCAAAAUAUUGUCUGGUUAGGUAUUGUGCUCUUGGCUUGGUCAUUGGUCUUUGAUUCAAAGGUGGACAUGGAUAGGAGGAGCCAUAGGCUUUUAGUGUUUGUGUCCAAGGCCUUGAUUGCUGGCUCUAUAGCUGCAAUUACAUGGCUAAUUAAGAUCCUAUUAGUCAAGCUCCUGGCCUCUGGUUUUCAUGUUAACACCUUCUUUGAGAGGAUCAAGAUCUCUCUCUACUACCACCAUGUGUUAGAGUCAUUAGCAGGCCCCCCUCUCGAUGAAGUCUCCGGUCGACAGGAUAGAGGGAAUCCCCGAGCCAGCUUUAGGCGAGUGGUCAUGGAGGAGAUGAAGAGGAAGAAGAGGAGUGACAGUGAGAAUACUUUUAAGGUGGACGCGGAAAGAUUGAAGAGGUUGAAGAAGGGGAAUGUUUCGGCAUGGAGCAUGAAGAGGAUGGUGAACUCAGUGAUCACCACCGGCAGAUUGGGGUCAGUGUCGAAUGCAGUGGACGAGAUGAUGAGAGAGUUCAGUAAGUCGGAGGAGGAGGCGAGGAGCGAGAAGGAGGCCAAGGCCGAGGCGCAGAGGAUCUUUGAGAAUGUUGCCAAGCCUGGGGAGAAGUAUAUUGAGAUGGAAGAUCUGUUGAAGUUCUUGGAGAAAGACGAUGUCUGCAUCAUAUUUCCCCUUUUUGAGGGGGCUGAAGAAAGUGGGAAGAUAAAACAAUCAGCUUUCAGAAAUUGGGUGGUAAAAGGUCACAUGGAGCGCAAAGCCCUUGCCAACUCCCUAACUGAUGCAAAGACAGCGGUGCACCAGCUCCACAAGCUUGCGAGUUGUGUGGUUGUCGUGAUCAUCAUAAUAGAGUUCUUACUGGUGAUGGGGGUGGCCACAUCCAAGGUGAUAUUGUUUGUUUCUUCGCAGUUACUGGUUGUGGGCUUCAUGUUUAACAACACCUGCAAGACCAUCUUCGAAGCCAUCAUCUUUGUGUUUGUCAUGCAUCCGUUUGAUGUAGGUGACCGUUGUGUUAUCGACGGAGUUCAAAUGAUAGUGGAGGAGAUGAAUAUUCUAUCAACAGUGUUCCUGAGGUUUGACAAUGAGAAGAUAUAUUAUCCGAAUUCAGUGCUCUUGACAAAGCCCAUCAGCAAUUUCUACAGAAGCCCAAACAUGUCUGACACUGUUGAGUUCGCUAUUGAUGUUCACACUCCCUUGGAGAAAAUCAAUAUCCUCAAGGACCAGAUUCAUAAUUACAUACAAAGCAAGCCCAAGCACUGGCAGUCGAAGCACACGGUAGCGGUGACGGCGAUAGAAAAUGUCAAUAAGAUGAAUAUGGCUGUCUACCUCACCCACACCAUGAACUACCAAAACUAUAUCGACAAGAUCAGCCGUAAAUCCGACCUUUAUCUCGAACUCAAAAGGAUCUUCGAGAAACAUGAAAUAAUAUAUAACCUCUUACCACAAGAGGUUUGCCUAAAUCAACAUCCCUCUUCUAUUACACUAGUUGAAUCCAACGGCUGAACAACUCUCUUGGCAUGGAUUCUAUGGUUCUGAUCCAUCAGUGCAGCAGUGUUUAUUGACAUAUGAGAAGGUGGUCAGCCCUUCAGAAGGUUGUUGGUCUGUUAAAAGUUGGUUUAUGACUUUGCUUCACUGUGUUUUUGGUCAGUUGUUUGAAAGCCUAGAGAAUUGUUGAGUAAGGAAAUGAAAGUCUGCGUGCUUUUAGUCUAGAAUAUAGGGUUGUGUUUCGGCGAACCACCAAACAUUAUUGGAAGUAUUUUUUUAGUACUGCCCCUGAAAUUUGAAGCUUCAAAAUUUGUGUA